AUGGUGAAGCUGAUUGCGCUCACCCUCUUGGGGAUGGGACUGGCACUCUUCAAGAACCACCGGUUUUCUUACCAAACACGACUUAAUGCUCUCCGAGAGGUACAACCCAUAGAACUUCCUAACUGUAAUUUAGUUAAAGGAAUCGAAACUGGCUCUGAAGACUUGGAGAUACUGCCUAAUGGACUGGCUUUCAUUAGCUCUGGAUUAAAAUAUCCUGGAAUAAAGAGUUUCGACCCCAACAAUCCUGGAAAAAUACUUCUGAUGGACCUGAAUGAAGAAGAUCCAACAGUGUUGGAACUGGGGAUCACUGGAAGUAAAUUUGACUUAUCUUCAUUUAACCCUCAUGGGAUUAGCACAUUCACAGAUGAAGAUAAUGCUGUGUACCUCCUGGUGGUGAACCAUCCAGAUGCCAAGUCCACGGUGGAGUUGUUUAAAUUUCAAGAAGAAGAAAACUCGCUUUUGCAUCUAAAAACCAUCAGACAUAAACUUCUGCCUAAUUUGAAUGAUAUCGUUGCUGUGGGACCUGAGCACUUUUAUGCCACAAACGAUCACUAUUUUCUUGACCCCUACUUAAAAUCCUGGGAGAUGUAUUUGGGUUUAGCGUGGUCGUAUGUUGUUUACUAUAGUCCAAGCGAAGUUCGAGUGGUGGCAGAAGGAUUUGAUUUUGCUAAUGGAAUCAACAUUUCACCUGAUGGCAAGUAUGUCUAUGUAGCUGAAUUGCUGGCUCAUAAGAUUCAUGUGUAUGAAAAGCAUGCUAAUUGGACUUUAACUCCAUUGAAGUCCCUCGACUUUAAUACCCUCGUGGAUAACAUAUCUGUGGAUCCUGAGACAGGAGACCUUUGGGUUGGAUGCCAUCCCAAUGGCAUGAAAGUCUUCUUCUAUGACUCAGAGAAUCCUCCUGCAUCCGAGCUUGCCCCUCGCUAUGAGAGGCUGACUACUUAA